AUGGCGGGUGAAGUUGGCGGUGCUGGUGCUGGUGAAAGCUGCACGUCGUCACCCAAGAGCAGGGUGAAGUUCUUGUGCAGCCAUGGUGGGAAAAUCCUUCCCAGGCCCGCCGACGGCCAACUCAAGUACGUCGGCGGCGAGACUCGCGUCGUCUCCUUGUCCCGCGACAUUUCCUUCUCCGAGUUGAUGAAGAAGCUGAGCUCGUUGUUUGAUGGGGACAUGGUGUUGAAGUACCAGCUAAUGACAGAAGACCUGGACGCCUUGGUCUCCGUGAAAAGCAACGAAGAUCUAAAGCACAUGCUGGACGAAUACAAUAGGCUUGAGAACGAAGGGAGCUCGAGGCUAAGAACCUUUUUGUUCCCCUCAAAGCCGAUCAUGAUUGAGAACCAAACGGCGGCGUUGGAACACCAAAUGCUGGAGCAGCGUUACAUCGACGCCAUCAACGGCAUUGUCCGGUUGUGGCCAAAGAUGCAACCCCAGCAUCCGCAGCAGAUGAUUCUCGCUCCUAACAUGAUCAUUGGAAGUAGCCCCAUGGCCAGCAUGAGUAUAUCCUCGGCAUGUUCGUCUCCGAAAUCAGCGUCCCAGGAACAACAGUUGUUGUUGGCGGACAUGAGCAUGCCGUCUCAUAGGAUCACGGUGUCGCCUCCGAUGCAGAAAGUGCAUAGCUCUCCUAGUAUUUGUAGCAGCAGCUUUAAUAUUCAACCGACGUACCAAAACCAUGUCCAGGGGCGUCAUCCUUACCUUAAUAAUUUGCAGCACCAUCAUGCCAACCAAUCUUCAUUUAGUGCAAGAGCACACCACAGAGGGAUUAGGACUCCUCCGCCUUUGUUGUCACCGGGUAGGUUGUCGCCGGGUAGGUCUGAGUCCGGGACUGGGAGGAGCUCGUUGAUGGGUACAACUAGUACUGCCCACGUCCAAAACCAUUACAACAACAAUAACCACCACCACCACGCUGCUAGUGGUAAUAGUAGUCCUAGAUCAAUGUCAUCUCACCACCGAGUAAGUGGAGGCGGCGGAGGGUAUUAUAGUAAGUGCUGCUAUCACGACGAAUGUCCACCCUAUGCUUGUAACAGGGCUGAGAGUCUUCCUCGAAGUCCUAGAUAG